GCUUUCAACUCUACAAAGCGGGCAUAAGCGGGCACGUGUAAUGGCUGCGUGCGCCCAGUUACAAUAAACCGCUGUAAACAACGGAAAAAAACAUUUGAAGAGAUCGCCAAAUCGAACGCCGGCGUUCGUCGAAUACCCGACUUGCUAUGGGUGCCUACUUGUCGGAGCCCGUGACGGAGAAGUUCUCCACUAACGAGACGGGCAGUCGCAUAUCGUACGGCGCUUCGUCGAUGCAAGGCUGGCGAAUGAGCCAAGAGGAUGCCCACAACACGAUCUUAAAUUAUGAUCGAGACACUUCGUUUUUCGCCGUCUACGAUGGUCACGGUGGUGCCGAGGUGGCCAAGUAUUGCGCCAUGAAAUUGCCCGACUUUGUUAAAACGUUGUCGUGCUACAAGGAAGGGAACCUCGAGGAAGCCCUGCGGGAGGGCUUUCUUCAGUUCGACGCCAGCCUGGUGACUACCACCGGACUGAGCGAACUGAAGGCACUGGCCGGUACGAGUUCCGACGAUUCGGGUGAAGCGACUCCGGAGGAAGGCGAGGCGGACAUGCUUCACGCCGAAGCCACGAUGCCCAUUGAAGAUCUCCUCGCACGCUACAGCGGCAGAGUGAAGGAAGCCGUAUGCGAAGAGAAGGACGGUGGAAAGAAGGGCGGCGUGACCGGAGGAAGCGACGCCGAUGACAAACCGGAAUCUCAGCAGGCGGGUGAGAAGAUUGUCAACGGGGAGUGUUCGCAGGAAGAGCAGUCGGAGCAGAAAGUCGACGAUGAAGGCAAGGCAGGAAGCUCGUGCGACACCGCUGAGGCGGGUGGAUCGGCAUCGUCAUCAGGGUCAGCAGGCGCAGGUGACGAGGAGCCACAGUCCGGGAGGAGGUCGCGCCGGAACUGGAAGCCCUACAUGGCGCUGGUCGCUGACCAGGACGCGUCUUCCGAUUCCUCCGAGAGUGGCGAGGACGAAGAAGAGUCCGGGGAAGAGGAAGAAGCUGAGGAUGAGGAGGACGAGGAAGAAGAGGAGGAGGAGGGGGAAGAAGGAGAGGAAGGAGACGAAGAGGGCUGUGGUGGUUGGAACGAGCGACUGAAACGCAGGCUCAGCCAACUCAACACAUUACCGACUGGUGACACCGAAACGGCUGGCUACGACAGCGGCUGCACGGCCGUGGUCGGUCUCGUCCGAGGACGCCACCUGGUGGUGGCGAAUGCGGGCGACUCUCGCUGUGUCGUCUGCCGCUCUGGCCAGGCUCUAGACAUGUCGCUCGACCACAAGCCAGAGGACGCUGCCGAGUACAACCGCAUCCGCAACGCCGGCGGUCGUGUCACGAAGGAAGGGCGGGUCAACGGUGGCCUCAAUCUCUCUCGAGCCAUAGGUGACCACGCGUACAAGCGGAACAAAGAUCUUGAGCUGCGGGACCAGAUGAUCACUGCGCUGCCCGACGUCAAGGCACUGGACAUUGAUCCUGCCACCGACGAGUUUAUGGUCUUGGCCUGCGACGGCAUCUGGAACAACAUGACAAGUCAGGAGGUGGUGGAUUUUGUGAAGCGCGAACUGGACAAAGGUACCCGUCCACUGUCUACAAUCUGCGAAAUGCUCUUCGACGCUUGCCUUGCGCCAGACACGACAGGCGACGGCACGGGCUGUGACAACAUGACCUGCAUCAUUGUACAAUUCCAUCAAGACAAAGAUGACGACCACGUCGCCAAUGGCAACAGAGGACAGAAGCGGUCAUUACCUGCAGAUGGAGAGCCGUCGGAAGGCACAAAGGAGUCCGACAAGGACACUGUUGAAGAGACCCCGUCGAAGCGGUGCCGCGUGGACGAUUCUGCGACCGCCGGCGACGUUGAAGCCACUCCUAACGGUGCCAAAGCGACAGAAGUGACGGAUGUGUAGACAUACAAAACUGCCAUUUCUUAGUUUUUUAUCUUUUUUUUGUUACUGCUCUCCCGUCUGUUCUAUUGCUUCUUCGAGUCUCUUUUGCAUCACAGUUUUGCGUCACCAAGUUGCAUCAGUGAUUUUUGAUGCACCGAGGUGCACAUCGGUGCUACUUGGUGCAGAGUCGUCGUGUGCGUUGAGAACAGAUGCUUUUCACAUUAAUCAGAAUGCACCUCCCUGAUUUUUUUUUUUAGUCCCUGCGAAUGUGGUCCCUCUCUACACUGACGCAUGAAUUCAGCCUUAAUUCAGCUAUGUUGUGAUUUGUAGAUUCUGUAAAAAUUAUCUUUGUUGGUUUACUUUUGAUAAAAGUGAAACAGGUCUGCUAGACAGAGGCCUCGUGUAGGCGACAUGAGGGAUAUCACUUUUUGUGGCACUCCCAUGUGGCCCACCUGUGGCCCGCCCAUGCGGUUGAAGAAAGGUAAGCUUCGUAAAAAUUAUCCGAGCGCCUUAUUUGGUAUGUACAUUUUUGAGAACACGGAACAUGUGUUCGUGUUGGCAGUACUACCGGAAAAGCAGGCAUUUGCUGAUACUGCUAGCAUUGGUCGCCUUGGUACUUUAUUUGGUACUUGUCUAAUAUUACCUUGAUCUCGUGAAGUUGUUUUUGUCUCUCUGGGAGCAUUCUGAGAGCGCUAGGAAGAAGGGAACAUCCACUGCUUUGUUGUCUCUGCUUUGUUUUAUUGUUAGCUCUGUCCAUUAGCUAUCGAACACCCGACUUGGUGGCAAAAACUGGCACAUUCUACUGGCUUGUCAGCAGUGUUAUGGGAGCCUGAACACAAUUAAACACUUGUUGCAGCGGGAGUGGGAGCAAGCGUUUUUGAAGAUUGCCUUGGGCGGUCCAGUAGAUUGUCCGCUUAGGCACGCAGGCACGUGUUCCUACCGAACCAGCACUUCCGUUGGUAUCAUCUUUUUUUUACAAGGAAAGCCAUUUUGCACGGUCCCCACUAAUGUCACGUGUGCAAAAGGUGCAAAGACGUCUGUAAACUCGGUGAUCUCGCUGUACUUCUGCAUUGUGCACGCCACUCGCAACCUCUUCCGACGAACUCUGCUGACAACUACGUAAGUUACCACACUGCACAGCUUGUAAAGGGGGGGAACUUUGUACUUUCAUGUCGCCAGCAGUUCUUUACGAAAAGCCGUGUGGACAGUUUCGGCACAUUUCUCACGCCGGGCGCCUUGCGUUGUGACUUUAAAGAUGACGGUAGGAUGUGUUUGUCACGUCUUGGCCUUCGAUUUAAACGUUUUUUUGACUUCCACUGGCCGUUAUUUCGCUUUGGGUGUCAUCGCCUUCUAGUGUCUUUUACGUGUUUGUGCAGAGGGAUUUCUGUUGUUUAUGGUGUGUUCACAGGCGGUAGUCUCACACAAGGGAAGCCGCUGCCAACAAACUGUUACGUUUCAUACGAUGGUAAGAUAUAUCUUCGGCACUUGUAAUGUACGCUGACUCGCCUGUCACUCAUAUACUUUGACCGGUGUACCUUUGUUAAAGUAGGUCGUGCAUAAAGUGUAUGCUGUUUCAUAAUAGGCAAAUGUUAGUGCUACUUUUGACACUACGUGUUGCCAUCUUAUACACAUGGCGCAGUUUUUAACACUGGUUAAUUUCUCGGUUGUUGCCUCCAAACCUAUGUGCAAAGAGUGGCUCUUGUACAUACCUCGUGGUACAGUUGCCGAGAUGUUCGCAUUACGAUUGUUUUGUUUUGUUUUUCAGUCUUGUUAUGUCAUGUUAUAUGCACUGUGCGCUUGUAAAUAAUUGCUUUUUCUUGCUCUCAAGACAUGCCAUGUUCAACAAAGGAGCAUCACACAUAAAUGUUCAUUGAAGGAGCGA